CCUGCAUCUCUCAACGUCCGGAUCUCUGCAGCUUUGGCAUCCUCUUCUGUGAGGGAAAGCAGACUCGCAAAAUGACUGAGACGGAAAACAGGAAUGGUCACGCUGGCAAGCAAGAAAAUGGAAAUGCCAUGACAGAAAUGUCAGAGGUGGAUGAUGCUUUUGACAACACCUUUAACGAUAAGGAGGGUCCAGCACCACCAAUGGUGGUGGUGUGGAGAAAUGUCAUACUGAUGUCCCUCUUACAUAUUGGUGCACUUUAUGGACUGAUUCUUAUUCCUUCUGCAUCGGUCUUAACUCUUGCACUAGCUGUAUUGUACUACGUCUACAGUGGUCUCGGUGUGACUGUUGGAGCACACAGAUUAUGGAGCCACAGAUCCUAUAAGGCUUCUUUUCCCCUUCGAGUCUUCCUCGCUAUUGGCCAAUCCAUGGCCUUUCAGAACGACAUAUAUGAGUGGACGAGGGACCACCGUGUCCAUCACAAGCACUCUGAGACAAAUGCGGACCCUCACAAUGCCAAACGGGGGUUUUUCUUCUCCCACGUUGGUUGGCUGCUGGUUCGCAAGCAUCCCAGUGUCAUUGAAAAGGGCCGAAAACUUGAUAUGUCAGACCUGAAGGCAGACAAAGUGGUUAUGUUCCAAAGAAAAUACUACAAGCUGUCUGUGUUGCUCUUUUGCUUCGUUAUGCCCACACUGGUGCCCUGGUACUUUUGGGGCGAAUCCUUGCUUGUGGCAUACUUCGUCCCUGGGAUCCUGAGGUAUGUUCUGAUGCUCCAUGGCACCUGGCUGGUCAACAGCGCUGCACACAUGUGGGGAAACAGGCCUUACGACAAGACCAUUAACCCAGCAGAAAAUACACUGGUUGCUAUCGGCAGCAUAGGGGAAGGCUUCCACAACUACCAUCACACGUUCCCCUUUGACUACGCUGCCAGUGAGCUUGGCUGGAGGCUGAAUCUCUCCACUGUCUUUAUAGACCUCAUGUGCUUCCUGGGUUUGGCAAAGGACCGCAAGAGGGUAUCAAAGGAAAUGAUCCUUGCUCGCAUCCGGCGAACAGGUGGUGGCAACAACAAAAGUGGCUGAGUCACACAACCCUCAAACUCUGUAACUGAUGCCAACAUGUAGGAUCAAAACAGAACGUAGCAACAUGGAUAACAGCAUUUCGGUGGUGGGGUGGUAAUUAUGAUCCUUCUAAGUUAAACAUCUUCUUUAGACAAAUAUUGGAUUUAAAGAGUUGUAGAACUUUUCAUAAAUUGUGUGGGUCUCUUUGAAGUUGAAGUUUCCUUUAGCCACAACUAACACCUUGGCUACAUGUGCAAAAACAGCUUUUUCACCCAAAUAUUAACACAAUAGAAUAACUUAACAGGUCUGUGUGAGCAGUGUGUGACAGCUUUUUUAUCAUUUAAUAGGCUUAGGCACAUUGAAAUCUUUACUGAAACUCUUUAUAGUAAGUAUUCUGCACAGGCAAGAUUUAGUUACUUUUGUUUGUUUAGGACCUUUUGCUCUAACUUCAAUCAAUAGUUCUUUGUUUCAUUCUACAGGGAGUGGAGGUGCAUCUUGAUAUUUGCUUGUCUUUAUUUAAUUUAAUGUUUUCUUUAUUUAAGGCAAGCCAGUAGUUUUACUAAACCUUAAGCUGUGUUCAAGUCAAGUCCACCACAGUCAACACUCUGCUAAAUCAUCCAGAUUCAGAAGUGUUAUACUUUGUGAUACUUUUAUACCCACUGUCUUUAAUUUAAGUCUAUUUAGAGCAUUAAGUUCUCUGGUGUAUCACAAUGUGCACCUUGAGUAAAGAUGUAGUGUCGAACUUCAUCCUCUUCAUGGAGACAAAUCUGGAGUGAAACAUGGAACCAGACUUCUCACUCUUGAUCUGAAAAGAGAGGACUGCUUGCUUUUAUUCUGUAUUCAGUUGAAAUACUUUCAGAUAUUAGGUAUCCAUCUCCCCCAGACAAGGCCAAUGAGGCAUGUGUAGGAGGGGUGUUUACCUUUGGUGCUGUGUGAUAUUAUUGAAACAUAUAUCAGGAGUCAUGAGGGAGGCACACUUGCUUAAAAAAUUGAAAGUGCAUGUCAUGGUGAUAAAUUAGGCCUUAAAGUUCAAUCACAGUUGUGUGAUGACUGUCUGUAAUUAUCUCUAUUCAUAAAGAAAACCAGGAAUCAUUCAGCAAAUCCUAAGAAAUAUGACUUAUUGUAAUUUUAACUUUUGUGCAAGAAAACAGAUAUUUUGCUCUGAAACCAGAUGUUAUAACAUUGUUGAUACUGUUGUAGUAUUGCAACAGGUCCAGCUGGUGUUCAGAAUCUCUGAAUGUUUUUAUGUUUAUCUUGCUGCUGACAUAAUCGAGCCAUUGUAACUUUAACACCUCCCUCUCCCAUUUUUGAGCAUGUACUUUUUGAAAUGAAAGCCUUGCCUCCUGUCUAAACAACAGAUGGGGAUCUAACGCUGCUGUUUAUGCUGGGCUUAUUUUCUCAUCCUCAUCUAAUGGUGUUGAAAGACUGCUGAAUGUGACACCACCAUACAUAUUUAAACUAUCAUUAAACACA